AUGUCACCACAAACAGAAACUAAAGCAAAGGUUGGGUUCCAAGCUGGUGUUAAAGAUUAUAAAUUGACUUAUUAUACUCCUGAAUAUCAAACCAAAGAUACUGAUAUCUUGGCAGCAUUCCGAGUAACUCCUCAACCAGGAGUUCCGGCUGAAGAAGCAGGUGCAGCGGUAGCUGCAGAAUCUUCCACUGGUACAUGGACAACUGUGUGGACCGAUGGACUUACCAGCCUUGAUCGUUAUAAAGGACGCUGCUACGAGAUAGAGCCUGUUCCUGGAGAAGAUAAUCAAUUUAUUGCUUAUGUAGCUUAUCCCUUAGACCUUUUUGAAGAAGGUUCUGUUACUAACAUGUUUACCUCCAUUGUAGGUAAUGUAUUUGGGUUCAAGGCUUUACGCGCUCUACGUCUGGAAGAUUUGCGAAUCCCUAAUGCUUAUGUUAAAACUUUCCAAGGUCCUCCUCACGGAAUCCAAGUUGAGAGAGAUAAAUUGAACAAGUAUGGACGUCCCCUAUUGGGAUGUACUAUUAAACCAAAAUUGGGUUUAUCCGCUAAGAAUUAUGGUAGAGCAGUUUAUGAAUGUCUCCGCGGGGGACUUGAUUUUACCAAAGAUGAUGAAAAUGUGAACUCCCAACCAUUUAUGCGUUGGAGAGACCGUUUCUUAUUUUGUGCCGAAGCAAUUUAUAAAUCACAGGCCGAAACAGGUGAAAUCAAAGGACAUUAUUUGAAUGCUACUGCGGGUACAUGUGAAGAAAUGCUAAAAAGAGCUGUAUUUGCUAGAGAAUUGGGCGUUCCUAUCGUAAUGCAUGACUACUUAACAGGUGGAUUCACUGCAAAUACUACCCUGUCUCACUAUUGCCGCGAUAAUGGUCUACUUCUUCAUAUCCACCGUGCUAUGCAUGCAGUUAUCGAUAGACAAAAAAAUCAUGGUAUGCACUUUCGUGUAUUAGCUAAAGCCUUACGUAUGUCUGGUGGAGAUCAUAUUCACGCUGGUACUGUAGUAGGUGUUAUCCCUGUUGCUUCAGGGGGUAUUCACGUUUGGCAUAUGCCUGCUCUGACCGAGAUAUUUGGAGAUGAUUCUGUACUCCAAUUCGGUGGAGGAACUUUAGGACACCCUUGGGGAAAUGCACCUGGUGCCGUAGCGAAUCGAGUAGCUCUGGAAGCAUGUGUACAAGCUCGGAAUGAGGGACGUGAUCUUGCUCGCGAGGGUAAUGCAAUUAUCCGUGAAGCUUGCAAAUGGAGUCCUGAAUUAGCUGCUGCUUGUGAAGUCUGGAAGGAAAUCAAAUUUGAAUUCCCAGCAAUGGAUACUUUGUAA